AUGGAGACGGCCAAAUUCCCGGCCAGGGGCGACGGCUACGCGGGCCGCAAGGAGCAGCAGGAAGACGACGGCUACGCGGAGCUGCUGGCCAAAGGGUUACUCCAGGCGGCGGCUGGCGGCGAGACGCUGCCGCGGGCCGACGCGAUGCGCGGCGGGGAGCCGGAGCCGGAGCUCCACGCGGGGAUCAAGGCAGAAAUUCAUUUUAGCAGUGAACCCCUUUCGUCGGAAGAGGAGGAUGGAGAGACUCGUGAAAAUAAGAUAAAAUCUCUCAACAAACACUUGCCUCCGAAGAAAACGAUCACCCAGAUUAUGAAGGAUAAAAAGAAGCAGACACAGCUCACCUUGCAAUGGCUAGAAGAGAAUUAUAUUGUAUGUGAAGGAGUUUGUUUGCCAAGAUGCAUCCUUUAUGCACACUACCUAGAUUUCUGCAGGAAGGAGAAACUUGAACCUGCCUGUGCUGCAACAUUUGGGAAGACUAUUCGCCAGAAGUUUCCUCUUCUCACCACAAGGAGGCUGGGAACAAGGGGCCAUUCAAAAUAUCACUAUUAUGGAAUUGGCAUUAAAGAAAGCAGUGCUUACUACCACUCUGUGUAUUCUGGGAAAGGUUUGACAAGGUUUUCUGGAAGCAAAUUGAAGAAUGAGGGUGGAUUCACUCGGAAAUAUUCCCUGAGCUCCAAAACUGGGACGCUCCUUCCAGAAUUCCCCAGUGCUCAGCAUCUUGUGCUGGACAGAUGCAUCUCUAAAGACAAGGUGGAUACCCUUAUCAUGAUGUAUAAAACCCACUGUCAGUGUGUCCUUGACAAUGCCAUUAAUGGAAACUUUGAAGAGAUCCAACAUUUCCUGUUACAUUUCUGGCAAGGGAUGCCUGACCACCUUCUUCCCCUGCUUGAAAAUCCUGUUAUCAUUGACAUCUUCUGCGUUUGCGACUCAAUACUGUAUAAGGUCCUUACAGAUGUACUCAUCCCUGCAACUAUGCAAGAAAUGCCAGAAAGCUUAUUGGCAGAUAUAAGAAAUUUUGCUAAAAACUGGGAACACUGGAUUGUUUCAUCACUUGAAAAUCUGCCAGAAAGCCUUGCAACAAAGAAGUUACCAAUAGCACGGAGAUUUGUAUCUUCUCUGAAGCGUCAGACAUCCUUUUUGCACUUAGCCCAGAUUGCUAGACCAGCUCUUUUCGAUCAACAUAUAGUGAAUGCCAUGGUCACUGAUAUUGAGAAAGUAGAUCUGUACAGCAUUGGAUCUCAGGCGCUACUCACAAUCUCAGGAAGCAUGGACUCUGAUGGGGAAGGUUACAUUGAAUAUGACUCUAUUACAGUGUUCCAAGAACUGAAGGACCUCUUAAAGAAGAAUGCCACUGUGGAGUCAUUUAUUGAAUGGCUGGAUACUGUGGUUGAACAAAGGGUUAUCAAGGCAAGCAAGCAGAAUGGUCGAUCGCUAAAGAAGAGGGCACAAGACUUCCUUCUCAAGUGGAGCUUUUUUGGAGCGCGAGUAAUGCAUAAUCUCACUUUGAACAAUGCAUCCAGUUUUGGUUCAUUUCAUCUGAUCCGCAUGCUUUUAGAUGAAUACAUCUUGCUUGCCAUGGAGACCCAGUUCAACAAUGACAAAGAACAAGAACUCCAGAAUUUAUUGGACAAGUAUAUGAAGAAUACAGAUGCCAGCAAAGCUGCUUUUACUGCAUCCCCAAGCUCUUGUUUCUUAGCGAACCGCAACAAGGCCGGCACACUUGCUACUGAUGCGUCAGUGAAAAAUGAAUGUCUGGUGGAGCAAGCCUAUUUCCCUUUGUCAACCAAUCAACAUAGCGGCAUGUCCUCGGGUCUGAACUCAUUUUCCGCAGGGAACACUGCAAAUCUAGAGCUAACAGGUCAAACAGAGCUGUCUGAGACUGCUGCCCAUCUCAUGACCCCACCCAUUUCUCCAGCCAUGGCCUGUCGAGGAAGUGUUAUCAACCAGGCUGGCAGUCCUCCAAGUAUCGCUCCACCCUUAUCUGCACACUCCCACUGCUCUUCUUAUUCGGAUCCCCUUUACCAGACUGUGCCGCAACCGAAUCAAAGCUUUUAUGGAGUCAGUGCCAGCUACCCAGCCAUGUUCAGGACCCAGACUCAUCCAUCCUCUGGAGCCUAUCAGCACAGGACAGAACCCGGCCACUUUACAGCCGCAAAUGAGCAGCAGCGAUUCUCCAGAGACUACUUCAGUAGCAGCUGUGCUGUGUCCCCAUACAGCGCCAGGUCACCCCCUAACUAUGGAUCUGCUUCAACUAUGCAGGAGACACAUGGCAUGCAAUUUCUGAACACUGGGGGAUACAACUUCAUGAACAAUUCCCCAGCUAAUUCCUGUCAAGGAACAUCAUAUUCCUCAGCUGCUUCCAAUGGGUUCUAUGGAAAUAAUAUAAACUAUUCAGAAUCUCACAGACUUGGGUCAAUGGUAGAUCAGCAUGUCUCUGUCAUCAGCAGCAUUAGCAGCAUUCGCCCAUUGCCUCCAUACAGUGACAUUCAUGAUCCACUCAGCAUCUUGGAGGACACUGGAAGGAAGCAGGGAGCAACCUAUUAUCCAGACACCUCAAUAGCUUGUCGAAACCCUAUAACAUCAGAUAUGCAGCCUGCUAUACCUGCAUCCUCCUCCCAGUGUAUGUAUGGGCAUUCUAGACAGUGUCCUUCUCAUGAAACAAUGGAUUCUUCUGGUCAAGCCAACAGUGAGAUGGUAUCAUCCUUACCACCAAUCAAUACUGUCUUUAUGGGAACUGCUGCUGGAGGCACCUGA